AUGUUCUCGCCCCCUUCUAAAACUCUACAAUCGUCUCUCAACACAUUACUGGAUUGCGCUCAAGAGUACCUCGCUGAUGUCUGUUUUGACUAUCCGUGCGGCAAGAUCUGGGCUCAUCGGGCCAUAAUACUUGCUCGCGCGCCGAAAGAAUUUACAAACAAAUUCCUUUCGCAAUUGCUGCAGCAUGCCGACUCCUUUGAGGUUAUUGUCAUUGACGAACCCAUCGUACCAUACUCGACUAUGCAACAUUUGCUCCGCUACUGGUACACGGCUGAGUUCGUCCAGCCGUCUAUGCCUCCGUCAACGGACCAAGACGCCGGUGCGGACACCAGCGACGAUAUCCUAGACCAAGAAAAACGAGUGGGCACGGCCCUCUUUCGUCGUGACACCAACCCCGUCGAGCAAUUGAAAUCGGAUAUUGCCGCCAUGUAUGAAAGCCAGCUCGGAAGCGACGUGACACUUAAGCUAUUUACGAAUCCAAAAGCACCAGCAACAACGACAACAGCACCAGUGGUAGUACCACCACAGCAGCAAUGUGCCGUCCAUCGAUGCAUCCUGGCUGCCCAAUCACAGCAUUUUUAUGCCAUGUUUUGCAAAGAGUUUCGUGAAGCCUCAAGUUCGACGGUGUAUCUGUCGGGCGACAUUUUUGCGCCCACCAGUUUCAACGUGAUUCUUCGCUACUAUUACACCGACAAGCUGCACAUCCCGCCGGGUCCAGCCAACGACACAUCGCCUGCCGCUGUCGAAACGCCGCACCAGCAGAGUCUGGCUCGCAAGAAAUACAGUCUUCGCUUACUGCACGACGCCUUUCGAUUGGCCGACUACCUGGGCGACUAUGACACAGUCUGUGCCGCCAUCCUCCACGACAUGGCCGAGCUCUGCAACCAUUUCAAAUGUACAUGUGGCGAUUGCGCAGCAUUGCUGCCAUCCAUGCUCUGGUUUUCGGAUAAAUACAAAAGCCACGUUCCUGCUCUUCGGCUGAACCUGAUCACCAUCUAUUCCGAGCCCGUCCACAUCAAUUCCUUGGCCUCGCUCUGGUCUGCCCAAGCGUUUUCGGUGCUGGCAGAUUCCAAGACGUGUGAUAUCGUUACUGAAAUCGUCGCUCAGAUUACCUCCAAUAUCAAGAAACAGACGGCGAUUCAGAUGGUCGAAGCUCUUCAUUUAUGUCUGUCACGUAUCCAGCACCGCAAAGCAUCUUCGACGUCAACGGUGCACCAGAUUCUGGAGAACUUGGUGAGCCACACCAUUUCCAUCAUUUCCGACAACUUUGAAUUCUAUUGCGUCGAGUAUCCGAUCCUGUUAUCGUGUGUGGAUGGCAUUGCCGUUGGCUCCGGGCUUUCUGUCGACUUUUUGGAGUUUCUUCUCACUCGCAUCAUGCAAGAAGGAAUCAAUGACCGGAACGCAGGCGAGUUGUAUCAGAGCAUCGUGAGAGACCUGAUUGGCCGGCAGGAGAUGGAUCAAGACAGGAUCGUGGAUAGCGUGUUAGUGGAUGCUUAUCAGCAAUGUGUCGCCUAUCUCGCUAGCCAUUGGUCACAAGUCAAGGCCCUAGGUGGGCUCAAAAAGAUUGAGAAGGAUAUCAUGAGAAGACUUUCCGAAGAUAUCGAAGUCCCAUAUCGAAGCCUGACCAAAUCUUUCGAAACCGAUCUUGCGUCUCUCUUUGGGUUCAAAUCAAGAUCCUCGAACAAGUCCAAAAAAACAGAGACCGAGUACGGAGCAUUACCACCUAAUAGUCUGGCUGCCGCUGCAACCUAUCCUGAAGCUACAGGCAUUCCGUCUUUGCGUGAACUUGCUCGAGAAGGCAUCCAAAACAAUACCGGCAAUCAUCAUGCUUCGUCGCGAGCAUCGUCUUCAUCGUCCCUAUUAGCCGACGCUCUAUUACCAAUGGAUCACACCAAUAGUAGCAUUAGCAGCACUACAAUGUCGAUGUCGGCUUCUACCCCUGUGCGUUCAACAACGCCUUCUGGACGACCGUCACGAUUACGAUUCGAACUGCCCACAAUGCCUCAAAGACCAGCCAGUACUGGUAUACAUGGUGAUGGCAAUAAUGUACCUCCAAACAAGGUUGUGUUGCAACCUAGGAUCAAGGAUAAAAAGAAGAAGAAUAAAAAGAAUAGCAAAAUACAACGCAGCCAUUCGCCAUUGCGAGCACGACUUGGCUGGGGGUCGAGUAGUAAUAGUGAUGCAAGUGACUAUGAGGAUGCGAACAGCGGUGAUAGUCUUGCGACCGCUGUCAUGCCAGUGUUGGGCGCCAAAGUGGAAUUGCUACGUCGACCUUUACCCAUGCUCGGUACGAUAAAGUAUAUUGGCGAGGUGCAUUUCGCAAAGGGUACCUAUGUUGGCGUUGAGCUUGAGAAUAGACUUGGGAGCAGUGAUGGAUCGUAUAAUGGCGUACGCUACUUCCAUACUGACCAACAACGCGGGGCGUUCUGCAAAGUGAGUUAA